AAUAUACCCCUUUCUUUUGUCAACUUGGUAUCCACUUGUAAUUUUUUGUUUACAAAUGUUUCGUGCGAUAUUCGGUGCUGAAAUGACAGAAACUUAAAACGAAUGAGGAUGCCGAAUAUUUAAUAUUACUUCGUUACAGAUGGGUCGUUUGUCCCCCUUUCAAAAAUGAUCAUUAAAAGCAUGCGCGAGAAACGUUUUUUUACUGAAUACAAGAUAAUGUCGAUUCAUGAAAAAGGGACAGAUGUCAAUCGCUAGACAACAUUCGACAUGGAAACAUCAAAAUAUAACGGAUACCGAGAUUUCGAAUGGGCGGUAAAAUUGAAUCGUUUUACUUUAAACUUGAUUGGGCUGUGGCCUAAAACUGAACAAAAUUUUCGACAAAGGUUAAUGUGCAAUUUUCGAGUGCUUGUCAUUGUUUUGAGUAUUGUACUGGGCCUCCUUAUUCCAUGCAUACAUUCCUUGGCAAGAAUUUUUGGAGACAGUUUGCUAAUGAUAGAUAAUUUACAAGUUACUUUACCGGCCUUGAGCUGCUUGAUUCGAAUCAUAAUUUUUUGGUGGAAAAAAGAAGCUAUCGAACCGAUCACGAAUAUGAUCAUGGAGGAUUGGGUAAAACCGAAAGAAACGCAAGAGAGAAAUAUGAUGAUCAGAAGAGCGCAGAGUGCACGUAUAAUAAAUAUUACGUGCGGAUAUUGCAUUAUGGCAGUAUCUUACAUUUUUUUUAUUAUUUUACCUGCGUUUGGUAUAUCGAUGAGGCACACAAACAAUAUUACUGAUCCAGGCGGUCCAAUGCUUGCACAAACUCAUUACGUUUAUGAUGUAACCAAAAGUCCACAGUACGAACUGACGUUUAUUAGUCAAAUUAUUUGUAUUACUCUCGCAAUGAUAAUCUAUAGUGGAAUUGAUAAUUUUUUCGGACUGUUGAUUCUCCAUAUAUGUGGCCAGUUAGAUAUUCUGAAGAAUCGUUUAACAAAUUUGGAUAAAUAUAUAAAUUAUCACGAAAUACUAAAGAGUUGUAUAACAAGACAUCUACGCUUGCUUAGAGCCAUUGACAGUAUUGAAGAUACAUUUAAUGUACUACUUCUCUUUUUAUUCAUAUAUUUUGCGAUAACCUUCGCUUUUUUUGGUUUCCAGAUAAAAACUGUAAGUAUUUUUUGAUGAUGUAAUUAAUGAUGAAAUUA